AUGCAGCGCACUUUACGAGGUGCAUGUCAAUAUGUCUGUAGUACGCCAAGGGUCGGAUCUGAGGACCAAGAAUUUGCUCCACCUCCAACAGAUCCCGAUUCUUCCUACUCAAUAUCAACUCUAAAGAUCAUGGAGAGGGCAGACAUAUUGAUGUUUCCGGCGCCAUUGCUUGUUUCUGCUAUUAGUUUAGGACUUACGAUAUGUGGCACAGCUUCAUUAUGCCUGUCAUGUUCCAUCUUCGAUUUCAUCGUAAUGCGUGAGAUGUAUUAUACGGUACCCGAUACGCAUGGAGGAUUGCUCUGUGCAUCGAGUAUUCUUUGCGCUUUCUGUACAUACUUGGCGAUGCAAAUGGCGGCAAGCGUCGGCAAGUACGCCUUCCAUGCUCACCCGAAACAGUUCCAAGACGCAUCUCAUUGGUACUACACUCGACUUCGAGCUUCUGCGGUUCUAUUCACGAUUGAAUGCUUGCUGCAGCUGCUUCAGCUGUGCGUCCUUUAUUUGGGUAUUCAAUGCCGAUAUCGGACAUUCAAACAACUCCCUCAGAAGCCCGAUAUUGUGUUGCGGGCAGGAACAAUGUUUGCCUGA